AUGAAGCACAGUCAAAGAAGUGUUGCUGAGAUAGAUAAGAAGGUUCAUAGAGAAUUUGCUCAUUGGUUCCGCAAUUGUAUUUGCAACAAUCUUGACAACAUUCAUGGACCAGAUAAAGAUGUUCUCAUUAGUCUUGCUUAUGGCCCUUUUGAUAAAGUUAAAAGAUUUACUGCGUUCAAUGUCAAUGGAUUCAAAUUUCGAACAUUGGAACGAGACAAUCUUUUAAAAACUCAAAAUAGUGGCGUUUUUGGAUGGUUUAGGACGUGA